AUGUGGGAACAGGAUCGUUCCGUUCCUUUUUCUGAUCGUGUCGUAUCAAGGUGUUCGCCUGGUGCCGUUGAUCGUCAGAGCUCAUUGUUCUCUUCCGAGCCAGGCGGCUUACGUCUGGCCGCAGACGUAUCAAGUACGAGGGGUGUUUGUAGUGGUGGAAGUGAAACUGUCGCCGAAACGAUGCCGUCCUCCACGGCCGUUCCGUCUUUAUCGAGCGACGCUGCAUCCGCAUCAUCCUCGUCAUCAAGCGUUUCCCUGGACACGAGAUGGGCGGAGGGUCUCGCCGGUCAUGAGAUCCUGGAAGACGAUGGAACGGGCGCUCUCGUCGUCCCGUCACCCCGGCCCGCUCGUCAAUAUCAUCACUCAUAUAUCUGUCUGUUUUAUAUCUUAGAUUGCCACAACACGUUCGACGAUGUCGAGCAAUGGAAGACCCAUAUCCUGAGUCACUUCCGCACGCACGAACCCCCGCAAACAGCCCGAUGUCCCCUAUGUCCAGGCGAGCGGUUCAGCGACACUCCCGAACAGAAAGGAUGGGAUCGUAUGCUCGACCACGUCGAUGUAGCACACUAUCAGCAGGGCCAGACUCUAGCCGGAAGCCGACCGGAUUUUGAGCUGAUGCAGUAUCUUUACCGCUUGCGCAUCAUCAGUGUUGACCAGUUCAAAGUGAUGCAGCUGCCGCCGCCGCCGUCCAGCCCUGCGUAUCAUCGAUCACAAGAACCCGUUAGGGCAAACAUAGGUUCAUCAGAUGAGCCAUAUUGUGCUCCGUAUAGUCGACGGCGAGAACAAAGAAUGCGAGGACAGCGCCGAGGGGUCAGCGUUGGAUGA